UGACCACAGCAGCUGACGGCUGUAGAGUUUAGUAGUUCGUGUCAUGCGUUUGUACGGUAUUAUGUUGCGUUUUCUGUGUAAUAUGUAAGUGAUUUGAUGGUGGAGACAGGAAAUCACGGAAAGACGCAUAUUGAGUGUGUGGAUUAGGAGAGCACUCAUGGACUCCAAGGGAACUAGUUGCCUGAAAAAAGAGAACAAUGAAGUAUAUGCUGAACCAGGUUCCUUGGUUCAGUUACACACAUCUACCAUGAAAGUAAAAGAAGAAUUGGAUGAGCAAGUGAACCAACAGGUCCUCACCGUAUUCCCCAUGCUGGGUGUAUUGGCUGUUUGGUCAUGUCUGAUCACUUUAUCAGUUUCUUCAAGAUCCACCAAGGAUUGUAAUGCCUAGUCUUCGUAUAAAGCAAGACCUAGAACUGAAACGGGAUUUAGAUGGCGUCGAGCAUGAUGUAAGUUUUCACAUCGGUGAUGCAUUGUGCAUGAAGUACUGUAUGAAUAUCAUGAAAUGCAUUGGGUGCAGUAAAUUCCAGUGAUCAUAAAUGAUGAAUCAUUAAAACCUAGGAUAUUAGCACUUCUCCAGAAUUUUUAUAGUAUUUCAAUUGACUGUAUGUAUAUUGUUCUGUUGUAUGUAAUGGUAUUUGAAUGAAACUUGUAGGAAACAUAAGUUUAUUAACUG